UGGACAGAAUCACACUGUGGACAACUCGCUAACGAUGACAUGUGAGGAAAAACACUUCGACUUCGAUGUAAUUGCUUCAGUACAACCUGGCCGAUAUGGGGCGAAGGUCCAUUACUCUUUCAUAAAUGAAUCGCCUGUCAGAAGACGGCACUUGGGAUACAUAAUUGUUAACGAAUCUGUUAUUGAGGAGUGCACUUUUGAUAGUCCAUUAGGACUCUGCCCGAACUGGAAAAAUGGCGAUGGAAAAACUGGCGAGAAGUGGAGGUUUUCAAUCCAAACAAACAGAACCGGUGAAAGAGGUAACUUCGCGUAUACCGGUGGCACUCAUAACUACGUCAUACUAGAAACACCCCCGAUUUCGGCUGGAGAGUCUGUCCCCUUAUGUUUGACAUUUAGCUUCUUGAUGCAGAGUAAAUCUGCUUCAAAUUUCAACGUGAGUUUAAAGUCGGUUCACGACGAAAGCGAAGUGCUUCUUUACAGUCUCAUUGGGUAUCAUGGCGACCACUGGUCAAGAGGUCAAGUGCCUUGGAAGGAAAGACAGACUUCCAAGCUGAUCUUCAAAGGCUUCUCUAACGGUGUUGAAGAAAUUGCUAUCGCCAUCGGCAAAGUUAAAAUAUCGACCAAUGACUGUGAGGUAUACCCAGUCUUCUCUUCUCCAGGCUUCAGUUGUAACAGCGACGAAUUUGAAUGCGAUAAUGGACAGUGUGUUGCAUCAUCUCUACGAUGUGAUGGAGACUUGGCGUGCACCGACAACUCAGAUGAACGAGAUUGUGCGUGCCUUUCCAGCGAACUCAAGUGUGGCAACGGCAAUUGUGUUCGUGUUAACAACUUAUGUGACGGGGUUCAACAUUGCCCUGACGGUUCCGACGAGGCAAACUGCGAGAAGACAUGUCCUGAGUUUCAGUGUGUUGCUGGAAACUGCAUCCCAUGGUACGCCACUUGUAAAACGGAUGACAACUCGUGCGCCGACAACUCGCAUCUUUCUUCAGUGUGUGGCUCAUCUAGCUGUCCCUUGAACAACCUAAAUUGCGUGGUACAUGAAGGAAAAACAAAGCGGCAGUGUUCUUCAUUUAGAGGCUACUGUGGCUUUGAAAAUGGUUUAUGUGGGUUAUCUAGUGAUAUCAGCAUGGAGUUCCAAUGGAGUUAUGGCUCAGGAAAAACCCCAUCACUCAACACUGGUCCCAGUAGUGAUCACACCACAUUCUCAAAAAAAGGUGUAUACAUUUUUAUUGAGGCUUCACAGCAGUCCCCGGGGGACCGAGCUCGACUCAUCAGCGACUGGUUGAUACCAAAAGAGCCUGCAUGUUUGCAGUUCUGGUAUCACAUGCACGGAAGACACAUUGGAACCUUAAACAUCCUCCUUAAGACAAAGCGGUCGGAGAUGACGGUUUGGCAGCAGGGAUCGAGGGAUCAUGGAGAUAGAUGGAUCUUUGCACAGACUACUAUUCAGAAUGACAGUCCAUACAAGUUCGUGAUCGAGGCCCAAGUUGGUAAUGGCCUUGAGGGGGACAUUGCAUUGGACGACCUAAGUGUAAUAGACGGCUCUUGCACCCAUAUAUCAAACCAAGUUAGUCCUGAUUGUGAUUUUAGUGAAGAUAUGUGUGGCUGGACUGGAGAUCCCGAAUGGAAGAUUCACAGUGCAGAGAAAUACUUGUUUCUUCAGAGUAGCAAAGAGUUAUACAGAAAGCUGAUGAGUCCAUUCAUUGAUUCUAUUCAAGUCAGAUGCAUUCGAUUCUGGUUUAAAAGUGAAGGAGAAUAUUUCAGGAGAUCCUUAAAGCUGCUGGUAAACGGUUCUGAUUCAAAUUCUUCGUCAACGCUUUGGUCUGUCGACGAAGAAACUCCAACUUGGACGUUUAUUCAACUUCCGUUACAAAGAGCAGGUAGUAAAUUCCAGGUCGUUUUUCUGGGGUCAAAACAGCAAAAUCAGGCGACCAUAAAGAUCGAUGACAUCUCGUUUUCUAACGAGAUUUGUAAUGAAACUGCACCUUCUGUUAAAUGUUCUAAUUAUUUAACCCUCAACACUGCCGAUAGACUGGUGAACUACUCGGCAACAGCGGACAAAUGUGAUGAUACUCUAGACUUCAACCGCUGGUACAGAAUUACUGGCGCAGCAGGAACUCAGCUCCCCGAGAAGCAGGUUCCUUUUCGACGUUGUGGAGCCAGAUAUCCUGGAUGGAUGGAAGGAGUUCACCCAACCGUUGAAGACGGCGUGGUAUCACGAAAUGUCUGUUUUGUCCUGGGUAGUACAAAGUGUCGAUGGCGGCUAAAAAUAAAAGUAAAAAACUGUGGCGAGUUUUUCGUUUACAAACUGGCUGCUCCUGUGUAUUGUGAUCAACGAUAUUGUGGAUAUGAUGGAAAAGGAGGAAAAGAGCAUCACCAACACGAUGAAUGGUGGAGCUGGAAAAAUGAAAUGCUGCAUUCCACUUGGGACCUCUUUACUGCUGAUAAGAUGAAACGCCUUGACGACGAUUUCAACCACGAUAGGAACAAUUCAGCCAAGAAAGCGAUAGAAAAACAAGAAAGCAUCGUCAUCAGCUUGCGAGUUGGAGACGAGAGUCACAUAGAUAUUAAGAACGACGCACCCUUGACUGCGAUGACAUUAUGCUUAUGGUUAGCUACCAAGUCCAGCCUGCAGUUAGAAUAUCGUGUUACCUCAGAUGAUGAGAAGGUUUUUGGAUUAAAUUUGACGAGCAAGAAUACCUUGGAGAUUACCUAUAUGGAAAAUACCACAAUAAGAAGUAAUUUGCCAGUUAAUUAUGGUCAGUGGUACCACUUGUGCGUCACGUGGACAUCAAGUUUACGGCAAUGGCAUGUAUACAAGGAUGGAAAAGCAGCAGGAGUUACGAUAAAAGCUGAACCUGUUACAACUAUGAGAGCAAUACCGGGCACUGGAAGAAUCUCAAUCAGCUUGAUGGAAACAAGUCACAACCCUGAAAUAUUUGCCAAGAUUAGCAACUUCAAUAUUUGGAGUUAUUCUAUGACGAAAGAUGAAAUAAUUCAUAUGUCAUAUGGGUGUAGUAAAGACGAGGGUGAUAUUUUAUCUUGGGUGGCUGUAAGAAAGAAGAUGAAGGAAAAAUUUCAGGAGGAGAAGUCCUCCAUAUGCAAUGAACAUAGCGGACCAACCCUUGUUAUGAGAGGCAAUCCUGUCGUCACUGGCGAGAAGACUGCAACAUUUGUAAGUCCAUGGCUGCCCAAGUCUGAAAAAGCGUUCGGCAAAUGUUUGAGAUUUAAGUACAAAAUGGUAGGUCGUGGGGUGAAGUCGCUUAAGAUUUAUCAAGAGACGCAAUAUGGAUUUGAAAGGCAGCCAAUCUGGGUCGACGGCAAAGGAGCUAGAUUUUCAAGCAGCCUUUGGCAUUACGGACAAACAUCAAUUAGUACAACUUCCAUUUUUCGGUUGAGUAUUGUCGGCGAGCUGGAUGGAAAGCCAGGUUACCUUGCCUUUGGAGGUAUUGUGAUGUCACAUGAGACGUACUGCUCGCCUCAACCGUCAACAGCUCAGAAAGCUUGCAGACAAACUCUAGCAAAAAGCUUCGGAUUUAUUGUAUCACCGCUAUAUCCCGGAUAUUACCCAAACAACGUGACAUGCAGUUGGCACGUGACCACUGAGGAGAAUCGCACCAUACGUCUCCAUUUUCAGUCAUUCGCGAUUGAGCCUCACCCCACGUGUGCUAAUGACUACGUAGAAGUUCGAGACGGUGGAAAUGACUGGUCACGAACUAUAGGGAAAUACUGUGGCCAUACAUACCCACAAGUGAUAGAAUCAUCUUCGAACACUUUAAAAAUAAUAUUCAGGGCAAAUGAAGCCGGCAUAAAUACAGGAUUCAAAGCGAACUACACUACUAAACCAGGAAAAAGAACCUUUUGCAUCGAAGGUUGUCCUCGAGGCUGCACUUGUGCGAGAUUACCCGGAAGUGACGUCAAGGUGCUGGUAAAGAGUGACUCUUUGGUUUCUUUACCAGGUCAUUAUCCAGAAACCACAGCAGUCGUGCUGUUUGGUGAAAACAGAAUAAGUCGGGUUAAUAUCAAAGAUUUUCCAAGACUCCAGUUCAUGGAAUACUUAGACCUCAGUAACAAUGUUAUACUCGACAUGGAAAAUUCCCCGUUUAAGAAACUCACCGCUUUAAAGACACUGAGACUGAAUGGGAACUUCCUUGAGCAAGUGACAAGAGAGAAUUUCAUAGGAUUGUCCAAACUUCACACACUGGAUAUGGGAUCAAACCUACUUCGUGAAAUUCGCCAAGGAGUAUUUCAAGAACUAAAAGAGUUGAAAGUUUUAGGUUUGCGUUCUAAUAAGAUUCACAAAAUUGAAGCUGAUGCAUUUCGAGGCCUGAAAAAUUUGACCUUUCUUUAUCUUCACGAUAAUGAAUUAACAAACAUUCGGCGAGAAACAUUCAGAGGACUUCACUCAUUACAGACACUUUUUCUCAAUGGAAACCCACUAUCAGAGUCAGAUUUUGAUCCUGACACCUUCGACGAGUUGACAAGCCUCAAAACAUUGAAACUCGAUCAAUUCAUCAUAUGUUGUUACGCAAUGAGUACAAUUCCAAACCUUAAAUGCCAGUCACCUGACAGAGCGUUCUCGACUUGUGAUGAUUUAAUGAAAAACGACGGACUGCGCAUGUGUAUUUGGAUCCUUGGAUUGCUUGCCUUCAUCGGCAACUUAUUAGUGAUCAUUUGGAGGAUUCGUGUUCGAGAUGACAACAAAGUUCAGUCUUUUGUACUCACUAACUUAGCCUGCGCAGACUUUUUGAUGGGUGUAUACCUAUUAAUCAUCGCCAUUAAAGAUCUUCAGUGGAAAGGCAAAUAUUUCAAACAUGACGUUGCAUGGAGAAAAGGAAACCUCUGCCAAUUCGCAGGCUCACUUUCAAUGCUUUCAAGUGAAGUGUCUGUUCUCAUGUUAUUAACUAUAACAAUAGACAGGCUUAUAAGUGUCGUAUUUGCCCUGAGACUGCAGUCCUUAUCAUUGAAAUCAGUGCGUAUUAUUUGUUCUUGUAUAUGGAUAAUUGGAAUCAUUAUAUCGUUUAUCCCCUGGACAGGAAUAUCCUAUUUCCAUGACAAAUUCCAUAGUUUUGGCUUCUUUGGAAGUUCAGCAGUUUGCCUGCCGCUUCAGUUCUCAGAGGAUAAACCUGCAGGAUGGGAAUAUGCUACGGCAUUUUUCAUCGUUUUGAAUUCCGUUGUGUUAUUGUGUAUUCUGACUGCUUAUGCCUUAAUAUUCUGGACUGCUUUGACUCUGAUUAACUCUUCCUCAGUAAAGCACCUGAAAGCUGAGUCAACCAGAGCCAGAAGACUUUUCUUCAUCGUUUUGACGGACUUUCUCUGCUGGAUGCCAGUUAUCAUUAUCGGUAUUCUAUCCUUAAGUGGAAAUUUUCAUGAUCCGAAACACGAAGCAAAAGUUUGGAUAGCAGUUUUUGUUCUGCCCGUCAACUCUGCCAUCAACCCAAUCCUAUACACCUUCUCCACUCUAGGAGUACGAAAAAAAUUAAGAUCUGCAUUCAAUAAGAGAUUUGGCGGAAAGUUCAGCUGCGGCAAUUGUUACCAAAGAGAGCCCACCGAAAGUUUAUCCAUGCAGGAUACAGUUGUCUCGGAGUAUCGCCACAUGGAAUCAGUUGAAAGUCCGCGGAGGAAGCUACAUAUACUGGAGAAAGCUACAGGAUUUUAUCAAGAUGAUGAUGUGUUCUAUCUCGUUGCUAAGGAAAUGACAAAAGGAAAUAAUUUCAAGGUGUUGCUGAAAUGCUUUAGCUGGAGAAAAAGGAGUACUUUUGAGAACGAACUUGAAGUGUAUAAAUGUUUACCUCAAAGCGCGGUCAGAAAUGACAUUCCUGCUCUUCAGUGGUACUCGGAAGCAAACGUUUUGGAAAUAUCUUGUGCGAAUGAAGAUGUUCCGCGACCCAAUGAGAAUAUGAGCUUGCUUUGUUACAAGUAUGUAAGCGGAAUCUCCCUCUCGAAUUUCAUGGAAAAGAACCGCACAUCCAUGUGUCUCACUCUGGUUUAUCAAUUUGCCCUUGACAUCAUCAAGACUUUGGAGUAUCUGCAUGAGAACGGGUUGAAUCAUAAUGGCAUUACACCUGCAAAUAUCUUGUUAACUGAGAAUCCGGGGAUCCCUCAGUGGCAAGCAAGGCUGAUGAACUUUGACCGUGCAUGCAAAGGACCAAGUCAUGCAAAUGACGUGAGGUCUUUUGGUGAUCUGCUCCAAGAAAUGUCUCAGCGAUGCAAUGAUGACAACCAACAGAUACAAGAAUUGUUAGACUCAUUUCCUAUUAGCGCAAGGGAAGCAAACGCAACCGCUGUCAUGGUUCGUCUACUACUGGAGAAAGCCUGGGGCGAGUUUUUCAUGGAAACAAGACUGUGAUCCAGAUUUUGAUCCUCCUUUGACAAUUUACUAAGGACGAGAUGAUAUUCAGUUCUUUUUCAUGGGUUUAAGUAUCUGAUAAAGUUUCUUCAUCACUU